GAUCUUUAGUUCUUCUCGUGUACCCACACCUUGCCCUUGGUCCCUCAUUCUCCUACGAUUACGAAUACAUCACCUUGUUCUAGUUUUCUGAAAGGCGCGUAGCAUUCAUGAUCCCCGACGGACCACAUCUCCCAUAUAAGUAUAUUGACUAAAGAGUUCAUAGUGUAAAUCACAUCCCUCACAAAUUAUACUCACCACCCGCAUACUCGUGUAGAAAUCUUCGAAACAGCGCAGUAAUAAAUAGCCCUUCGACGUCUAUCUGAUCUAAGGAUAUCUGAUCUAAGGAUAGAUAUCGUAGAUUGGUUUUCGGCGAAUUUGGUCAGAAGAAGGCAAUUAUAAGUUGACAUCUUGGUAUACAAAUAUCUUUGAAGGUAGGACCCGCGGACUGGCGUUUGUUUUUUCUUGAAGUAAUUGACUUAUAAUCCACGCAAUUAUGACGAGUCAAUGUCCGAUGCGCGACAGGGAGGUAAAACUUUCUCUACUAGUAUUUGUCCUUGUUUUUUUUGUAUUAGCACACACAUACUAGGUAUGCGAAGUAAAAAUUAGAGGUUAUCCUAUACUUUCUAUUUCAUGAACGUGAACAAUAUUCUCACGCAGGAGUACAACUAUUUGUUAUCACCAGACCAUCUUCGAAAGUUGUGACAUGUGUAUAAACGCUAGUAGGUAGAGCAUCUCCGUUACGAAAAUCAUGACACAGGUAUAAACGCUGCUGUGAAAAAACAAGUGCUUCCCGGCACGCCAUUGGAAAAAAUGUCAUCGAGUAAAGGAAAACAAAUCACGGACGUGGAGGGCCCGAACGGAAUCGUCUGGAAGAUCUCAAAAAAAUUAGGAUGUAUUCUCCUCCUUUCUUGUGGAUUUGCAGUUCAUAUCGAUUGUUUAGACUACGAAGAUUCGUACGUAGAGUCACAGUCUGUAUCGCCCAUUACCUUUCCCAAUAGUUUUAUGAUUAAUGUUCAACAUUUGGUACUCUCUAAGUCGACGUCGUGUAUAACGAAGUUAUUCAUUGGCGUCACAAAGUCUGCCACUUCAUCUGCUCCAUGAUGCUUUUUCUUUUUAUCUCCCAUCACAGCUGGGUCCUUCGGAGAUGUCUACCUUGCGACACAAGAUAUGCGGCCUGAAGAGCCGCGAGAGGUCGCUGUCAAGGUCGAAGGAAUAAAGGCCGCACACCCGCAGCUAGCGUACUACUUGUUUGCUAUGGUGACGUUCAGGAGGACUUUUAGUUUCCAAGAAGCUACUCCUUCGGUGCCUAGUGCUUGUUGUAGUUGUUUGCUUUGCUAUAUUAAAGAUCCCAUGUUGGUGAAGUAGAACAACAACAAUUGAAAUCAAAUGCUUUCUUCAUCCCAUCCACCAGCUACGAGGCUCGGUUGCUAUCAAUACUGCGAGGGAAUGAAGGAGUCUCGAAGGUCUUUUACAGCGGAUUGCAAGGCGGGUAAUACCGCUUUAUUUGGAAUGCCUUUUCUAGAAAUGCUUAGUUGGGUCAAUAAAACAAGGAAAAACAAAAAAAAGCGUUUCGCCGUUGCAGACCAAUUACCGUCAGACAUAUUGUACUUUUUCAAUGAAAAUAGUCAGCAGACACUAUGAUGUUGUAUGUUCGUUACUCAUAAUUGUUCAGACACAACGUGCUUGUGAUGGAGCUGCUGUCGUACUCUUUGGAGGAUUUGAUUGUGAUGUGCCGCGGAAAGUUUAGUUUGAAGACCGGACUCUUGGUCGCGGACCAGUUGCUGUCAAGGAUAGAGGACAUGCAUGCCGCCGGUUUCAUUCAUCGCGACAUUAAGCCCGAAAACUUCCUCAUUGGCCGUGCCGAUAAGCAGAACACCGUUCACAUUAUCGACUUCGGCCUCUCAAAAAAAUACUGCGACGGUCGCACCCACGACCACAUACCAUACAAGGACAACAAGUCUCUCACAGGAACGGCACGGUAUACUUCUACUUCUUAUGAUGAAACUUUGAGUUUGAUGUGUGUCCUCACUAUGAUGAGGCUUUCUACUAUAAUGAGAAUAAAGCCAUGGAUUGUAUAGGUUACUUCUGAUAUAGAAAUGUUUUUGCGUAGACGUAGUCUUUGCUUCACUUGCCUUUCAGAUAUGCGUCAAUCAAUGCACAUCGCGGAGUCGAGCAGAGCAGACGAGAUGAUCUAGAGGCCAUUGGGCAUAUGAUGUUUUAUUUCCUGCGUGGCAACCUCCCGUGGCAGGGCCUGCCGGCGAAAACGAAGGAUGAAAAGUACAACUACCGAUAGCUAUGUAUAGAUACCUAUUUCAUCGCGUUCAUCGACGAGAAUUCAGUUUCCCGUUUUUUGGAGGUCAUGAAGAGCAUGAUGACGAUGGUGAGGCUUUUUGACAGGAGAACUGUAGCGCAAAGCAGAGAAACUGAAACAGAGAUAGUUACCAACUUGAAUUAGAUUAUCCAAUGCAAUGCUUCAGCACGAUGGUUAAGCAACUUGAUAUUACCACAAUUCAAUGUCGGCAUCUUUCAUUAGGUAUCGCAAGAUCAAGGAGAAGAAGAUAGAAACGCCGAUAGACGUGUUAUGCGGUGGUAUCCCAGAGGAGUUCGGCACGUACCUACAGUACGUGCGCUCGCUUCGCUUUCAGGUACAUAAUUCCAGCCUAUUACAUGAUUAUUUGUCAGAAGACACUUGUACAUGAUGAACACGUACAGUUGACUUAUCUAUCUGUAGUCGUACCGCGAGAACAUACCUACUUGGCAAGUACUAUUAUUUUCUCCAUUCCUAAUUCAGGACCGACCCGACUACGCCUAUCUGCGAGGGCUUUUCCAAGAGCGAUAUGCCGCCGAAGGUUUUGAUCGGGAACCGAAGGAGUUCGAUUGGACACCAAUAUUGCGCCAAAAGCAGUCGAACGAUGUUCAUGCGGGCGAGUCAAACGCACCGACAAACGCAGCGCGUGCGCCGAACAAACCAGGUAUCCAUCAUUACUCAGUUUUAGAUGCUUCUUCGUUAAUAGACUUGAUGAUACGCUGAAAUUCCACCGCUAUCUAAGUCCUAUGCGAUUAUAGGAGUGUCGUCCGUAGUGAUGAUUGUCAUAGUGUUGGUGAUCUAAGUAGGCAAGAUACUGCGAAUGAAAAAAAAUUAUCAAUUCCAACCUAUUUUCAGAUGCUGAGAAAAAGGCACCAGUGGCACCACAGCCAAAGAGCCGCAUGAAGAAGAUUUUCGCGCUAUGCUCCAAAGGCUAAGCGAUCUCUCAUAGUGGUCUAAGGAACUCCGUUUUAUGAUGUGCAACUACAUCUUAUUGUUCUGCUCUCUAAGUAUACACUAAGUACCACGUCAACCACUCCAUUUUUAUUUGCAUUAUCAUCGGCCCGAGAUAUAUUUAGGGUUAAUAGAAUUAUUAAGUGAUAUCAUCAUUAUAGAAGCAUUGUGGAGGCAACUUGUUGUCUAACAAUUGUACUUUUGUUCAUCAUCGAUAGCGGAAAUAAUAGACUAGUCUUCGAAGUCUUAAUUUUGCACCUACAUCAACGCAAAAGUGACAAAAUGAAUUGAAUCUGAAACCAUUGCUGUAACCGUUGUUCUUUUAAAUUGUUAUUGUUUUCCGCAAGCGCUUAUUUAUGACGAUCUCACAUAGCACGUUUAUUAUCGAGUUUAUUUUGUAGUGAGUUCAAGUCAACAACAAAGAGCAUUGACAUUGACAUAUCAACAUGAUUAUUCAAAAAUUAAUCGCCGGUGUACGUCCGAAGCUAGCUUGCCGGGGAUGCUCGCACCCGGGAAGAGCUUCGCAGCUUUUUGCGGAGUGAAGCAGUACCCAUCCUUCGCUGUACAUCCCGGCUGUCGAGUUAGCAGAAUGGUCAACAACUACAUCAGGCAUAGUAAUGCGAAAAUCAACAUAUUCAUGUUGAAAUUGUAGGCAAGUCGUUCACACAUUUAUGGUGAAGUUGUAGGCAAGUCGUGGCACCACACAGACCAGCUGAAGAAAUUAUUUUGUAGAAACGAAGUUAACGAAAAAAGUCGCUGUAGGAUCAUCAUGUGGAAAGACUAGACCACAUGGGGUGACAUUUGUGAAAUAUUGUGACAGCUUCUUCCAUCUCAUGUACUCCACCAGGCAUAUCUUUUUUUAAAUAAGGAUGUGCUUACAGUUACAACCAGGAAUGAAUCCACUCUCCACUCCUACCGCAAUACUCAUGCCGUCGCUUAGUAUUUAGGGGAGUCUUUGAUUCGAUGCACUCGAUACUACAAUCAAAAAGACGUGGGGUACUGGUAGCAGAGGAAGGCGCACCAAGGACGGUAUUUUUCGCGGGAAUCAUAUCGUGAGCUGCCGCAGCCACGCACUAAGCAUGGAGACAGUGGCUUCUUUCCUAUGAAUGUAUCUCUUGUUUUGUGCUGAAAUGUAUUAUUUUUGAUCGUUAAAAGCUGAAGCAAGAUUAUCUCUCAUUUUGACAGUGGAUAUAUUCGUGAUCAUCUUCGUUAUGGUCACGGCACGCUCAAUGUCAUCUUUCCGGGAUAAGUAAUGUCAUACCGCAUUCAUAAAUUCUGGUGAACGAGUCCCCUAGGCGCAACCAUUCCAAAAACAGCUCACUUUUUCAGGAUUGUGCAUGAGCGCAUGUGUCUGCAUGGCUAAUGUUGAACAGUGGCCUCGUGACGGCACUCCCUAGUUAACAGGGCUGCACGUGUGACAUUCUCGCCACCACAAUGUGAGAACCUGAAUCCCCCGAACACGCAAUUUUCGUUUUGACAGUAUUGUUUGCCUGGUACUUGCGUGCGGGGACCCACCAAUUAAUGGUUGUACACCUACGAAGAUUACAAGGUUAGAGAAUAUAGAGUGUAUAAGAGAAAAAAGAGGAAUGUUAAUGCCAUCUUAAUUUUCGCCAUUUGAGUUUUCAUCCUUCGUUAUCGAUAUCGCCCAUAUUGAUCUACAAGAAAUUACGGGUUCUUGAACAGAGGUAGGAUACGACGAUGUUGAAACUGCAUAGGUUCCCGUUGUGCAUAGUAAGUACUCACUCUUGCGCUCUUGUUGUAUUCUUCAUGUACUAUCAAUGUUUGUACUUAACACUUCUAGUAGAAUUUGGAAGAUAUAUAGAAACUGUUGUGAUGAUCAUAGACUCAUAGAGUUAAUCUGUAUUGGUUUUCAUUACACAUGCUAUUAUUUGGAGGGAUAAUAUAGUAUUAGUUACAACAUGUUCGAAUACCACCUUCCGCUUCCUGAAGGGUUCAAUCUCAUAUGUAAGAUUGUCAGAGUUGUACGAGCACAACUACCCUUAGAGGAGGUGAAAAGGACGGCAACACUAUGGCUCAAAUCGCAAAACUUGGGAGCAGCAUGCUGCUUAAGUGCUAAAAAUGAACGUCAUGUUGAUUGCCAGCCAGUAGUACUUUCUUCUUGUCAUAUACACACUCAUCUACAGCACCGUUGCAGAGAACAAGUUAGACAAGAUUGCGAACAUGAAGAUUUUUGACAUCAGCAGGCAGCUGCGCUAUCGCCAUGGUAUUUAGUUGUGAGUGAUCCCCUCUCUGCAGAAUAGUAAAUGAAAAGAAUCAAAUGCUGCGACACGACGCAUGUUAACAUGACUUCCUGAAAUGCUCCACAAGUCCAAAGAAUGUCUGAGAGUUUAUGAAGCUGUCGUCCCCAUUAUCAUCCAGCAGUAGCACAGCGAGCAU